AUGAUAUUACUUGGUGAUUUUAAUAUUAAUACCCUGGACAAAGAUUGCGUGAAACACCGUAUUGACGGUAUUGUGAAAGCCUUGAAAGAUGCUAAGUUUACUCAAUUUAUAGUAACACUGAUUACUCGGCCAAUUAGUGGCAAUGUCUAGACCACAUUUGGAGUAAUAAGCCAGACAGAGUGUUAAAUAUUUUUUGCCCAAAUAUUGGUAUUUCAGACCACUUGCCUACUGUUAGAGUCCGCUUAUAUAAACAACCCCUAAAUGCUCCCAGCAGUCAUAAAUAUAUUAUCUAUCGAUGCUUCAAGAAUUUUAAUGAGUCUGAAUUCUUGAAGUCAUUAAAUGAAACACCAUGGGAUUCGGCCUUUGUCUUUGAGGACGUGGAUGAUAUCGUUGAUGCGUGGUAUUGCCUUUUUAACGAUGUGGUAAAUAUUCAUAUGCCACUUAAGAAAAAACGUGUUAAGCAUGACACGCAACCAAAAUGGCUUACCCCUGAGCUGCUUGAACUAAUUAGAUCUCGAGACCAGAAACUUAAGAAAGCUAAAUUUUCUAACUUACAAGAGGACUGGCAGGAAUUAAAACAAGCAAAAAAUAAGGUUACAGCGGCAAUUAGAUUAGCCAAAAAGAAAUUCUUUCAUCAAUCUUUUGAAGAAAAUGGUAAUAAUCCUAAAAAACUCUGGACCAUAAUUAGACAUCUCUCGGGCAGAAAUACGAACAGUAGUGGUGUUGUAUUCCUCGAGGAAAAUGGUGAACAUAUACGAGAACCAUUGCAAAUGGCUGAAAUAUUCAAUGCUCAUUUUUCAAACCUCGCCAAGAAUUUGACCGAUAGCAACAUCAACAGCUACGAUCCUGGUACCCUCUUUAAUCUAGUAAGCAAACUUAAUUUAACAAGCAAGAUGGUUUUUCCUGAAAUGACAACGCAACAAACAUUAGAAUUGAUACAGGCGAUUUCAACUAACAAGGCAACUGGUAUUGAUGGCCUGAGUGCUCGACUGGUAAAGAUAGCCGUUUCAGCGAUAGCUCCAUCACUUACUGAACAUCUGUAUAACUACUGGCGUAUUUCCAUCCGCUUGGAAAGUGGCAAGAAUAACGCCGUUACAUAA